AAAUCCUUAUUCUAUAAUUAGAUAUUCAUAUGUGAAUCUUUAUUCUAUCUUGUGCAUGUUAAAAAGAAAAAACUUUUAUUCUAUUAAGUUUUUUUUAUCUAUAAAUAUAUGAGGUAUGAUUUUGAUCUUUAAUUUGUGCUAUUAGGUCAAGUUCAAGCAUAACCCCAAUAAUAUUAUAGAUGACAACGUUAAAUUUAAAUUGACUAGUUGCUUCAAAGUUGUACCUUGUACACUUUUAUUUUAACGAGCAACAUUAAACUUUUACCAAAGUUUCGUUUUUACUAAGAUAAAAAAAAUUAUGAAAUUAUUUAUCAUUUAUAUAAUUCUUUGCUAUUAAUAUUUAGAAAAUUAUGGUGCUUUAUAAAAAAGAAGUAAUGUAAAAUUAUAUUAAAUAGGUAGUUACUACCUUGGCAAAAUACUUUAUAAAUAAAAGAUUGGUAAGAAAUAUGUGUGCACGACUUUUGACAUGUCCUUUGUGCUCACAACCAGGUUUUUUAACACUGGAUGCAUUGCGAGCAGGAUUAAUAAGUGUAGCAACUCGACCUCUUGUGUGUCCUGUGUGUAAUGAAGUAUUGCUUGGUAUUGAUAAACUUACUAUUCAUUUAUUUAGUCAUGCUAUUAAUUUAAACAGUAACAAUAUAACAGAGUUACCAAAACAUAUCAAUGUUGUUAAUAGUAGUAUUGAGUCACCGGCAAUACAUAAUCAACAAAAUACUACUACUUUUCAAGAUUGGAAUGUAUUAGAAACACAGACUACAGAUUCAAAUAAAUUAGAAACUAAUAUUCAGAAUAAUUUAAAAUUCUCACAAAAUUUACAAAAUACAAAAACUGAAGUUCCAAUCUUAAACUCAAAAGUUUUUCCUCAAAAUCAGAAUACAUCGCCAAACCAUGCACCUCAAGUUGCAUUUCUAUCAGACCAAAUUUCUGAAAAUGAAGAAAUAAAUACAAUUCAUGAAAAUAAACAAACAUCAAAAUCAGAAAAAGACUCUCAACAAAUGUUGCAAGAAACAAUAAAAUUAAAUUAUGCUACACAGUAUUACAGUAAUAAUAAUAUAAAGCAUGUGAAUUAUAUCCAAAAUUAUUCUGAAAUAGACCAUGAAAAUACCCAAACCAUGAAAAAUUGGAUACAGAAUCAAAAUUGUGAAGAACAAAUGACUAUAAAUGAAAAUUUAGACAAAAGGGGAAAAUCUGUAGAAAAUGGAGAACCUUGUGCUAAUGAAUAUAACUAUAAUGAACAAUCAACAACAAUGAAUAAAUUUGUAGCUAGUACAUCAGUUUGUAUCAAUGCACCACUAGAAAAAUAUAACAAUUAUAAAAAUAUACAAGAUAAUUCAUCUACCACAUGUAAUAAAAGUCAGAAUGAAAAUCCUGACAAUCAGGAAAUAUUGUCUGAAUUAAGACUUUAUAAAAAUGAAUCAAUGAAAGAAAAGACAGAACGUUGUAACAUAUGUGGAUUUCAUUUUCCUGAUCAUAAUAUUUUGAUUUUACAUAAACAAUUAAUACAUAUGAUUAAUGAAAAAGAUUUAAAUAUUGUUCCUGAAAAUUUGUUGAAAAACUAUUCUUGUCACUUGUGUUCUAAGAUAUUUAAAAUGAGGGGUAGUUUAAUGAUACAUAUGAGAGUAGCACAUAUGGGAUAUAAUUUGGGUUCAUUGACUAAAGGUGGACAAAUAGAAUUCAUACUUAAUGAAAAUAAAUAUAGUUGCCCUACAUGUGGAAAACAAUUUAAAAAGGAACAACAUGUAAUGCAGCAUUUAAAAACUCAUGAAGCAAAACAAUGGGAAUGUGAUGUAUGCAGUAAAAUGUUUACAACAAAGUAUUUUUUGAAAAAACAUAAACGAUUACAUUCAGGGGAAAUGCCUUAUAAAUGUAAUAUAUGCAACAAAACAUUCACUUUUCAACAGUCAUAUCAUAAACAUAGACUAUAUCACAAAGAUGAUAAACCACAUAUGUGUACAACUUGUGGCAGAUCAUUUAAAGAAUUAUCUACUUUACAUAACCAUGAACGAAUUCAUACUGGAGAGAAACCUUUUGAAUGUGAAACUUGUGGAAAAUGUUUCCGUCAACGUGUUUCAUAUUUAGUUCACCGUAGAAUUCACACAGGUGUAAUGCCUUAUAAAUGUACAACAUGUGGAAAAAGUUUCAGAUACAAGGUAAGUCAAAGAACCCAUAAGUGUUCAGUACAGCAGAUGACAAAUGUAAGCCAAACUAAUAAUACAGAUCAGCAAUCUGUAUGUCCAUCAAAUGUACAAAAAAUAAGUAAUGACCCAUGUACAAAUCUCCAAGAAAAUGUUUUAGAAAAAAAUCAAUCAAUACUAAAUAUCACAAAUAAUGAAGAAAACAAAUAUGUAUUAAUAAUAAACCCUCAGGGUCAGCAUCUUUUAACAAAAGAGUCAGAUAUAGAUAAAACACAAAAUAUUUCUAAUAAAGAUAAAAAAUUUGAAGGGUACGUUGGAAUAAAUGAAAAAAAUGAAGAACCAAGGAAUAUAUGGAAAUCAGACAUUCCUAAUAGUCCUAUAUAUAAGAAAGCAGUUGAAACUACUAAAAAAAUAUAUUCAAAAAAUGAAAAACCACUUAGGGAUGAUACAAAUCAUUUCUUUUCAAUGGUAAUGUCUCCACUUGAAAAUGGAUUGUCUUCACCCACAACUGAAAUGGAGCACUUAAGAGUAUCAUCUCCUACACAAAAGCAGGACAUAUUUAAAUCUUAUGAUAACUUUAGGUGUACAACACAUGAAAUAGAAAUGAAUUUGAUUAAUCCAAAUAUGGAACAAAAUUUUACUAAUACUGAAAAUGAUACAAAUAAUUUACAGACUAUCAACGAAGAAUCUCUAAAACAACUACUGUACGGUAUUAAUGAAAAAUAAUUAUUCAUAUAAAUCUAUAGAAGUUAUAUUACUAGUUCUGUCACUUUAAAUAAAACUGAAAAUAUUUUUCAAAAUAUUUACUUAGCACUGUAAUAUAGUUAAAAUCUAUUUUUUAAAUACGUUAAAGAUUAUUUAAAUUGAUGUAAACAUAUCGUACUACUAUGACAUCUUUAAAUAAAUAUCAAUUAU